CGAGCCGAGCAGCAGCAGAUGCACGAGGCCGCUCGGAGAGGCCCCAGUCUGCCGCUGCAUCCAGGAUCAUCGGCAUCAGCCUCCAGGAAGCUCAGCAGAUCCUCAACGUGUCAAACCUCAACCCAGAGGAGAUCCAGAAGAACUACGACCACUUGUUCAAGGUGAACGACAAGUCGGUGGGAGGCUCCUUCUACCUGCAGUCCAAGGUGGUGAGAGCCAAGGAGCGGCUGGAUGAGGAGCUCCGCAUCCAGGCCAAGGACGAGAAGGAGAAGGGGUGGAAAGCUGAGACGUGACUCUUGCCACCCCCACGCCCCGUGUCCCUUGCCCUUAACUUAUAGGUAGCCAAUAAAUACUAUGUUCUCCA